UGGAGCAGGGAAAGUGGCCUGUUGUUUUUAUUUAGUAUUUUAUUGUUUUUGGCUCAUACAUAAAUGAAAAGUGUAUCAAAUAAUCAUUGCUAUACAUAGCAACAGACUAUGGAAUCAAUACAUGGAUUAUCUGCAGUGUGUGAAUGUAAUGAACCCUAUAAUUAUGUGUGACGCGGAUCAAAGAUAAUGCCGACAAGAUGAAGCUUUUAUCGCUGUUAUUUAUGAUUACAACGAGUUUCGGUGCUUGGAACGUCCUCGCCGACAGUGAUAACUGCACGCGGACUGAUAUUCGUUGUGAUUAUAAACAAAAUGUGCGCAAACUUUCAGACACGUUAGCGAGUAAGUUUAGUGAAAUAGUGGUGAAGGAACUCGGUAGCGAGUACACAGCGCACUUUGAAAUCCGGACUGCGUACAAAGUGAGCCGCUACCAGACCUCCGACAAUGACAUACUCACCAGCAUCGCUGACAAAUUAAGCUACAAGCUCUCUUCAGCAACAAACAUACUCAAAGAUAUGAACAGUGUCAUCAGCGACAAUAGCACUCCGUCCUUCACGCAUCCUUGUCCAUUUAACUCUAUUCGUAAGUCAGUAUUCAUUAAAAGUUCAGAUGUCUACGAUAUACCUUCUGCUUUCAGUACAAAAUCUAGAAUGAUGGACCGUUUUAAAGAUUUGAAGAUAAAAAGACAGUAUUUCCUGUCGCAUAUGGAUUACGCGACAGACAGAGAUUGUGCUACAAUGCCACAUUCAAAUCUAAGGUAUUUAUAUCACAAGGUUGUGCACCCAGAUCCUAAACUUGUGGUGUUUAUUAUUGACAACUAUAUGAAAGCAGACUCGUUGCAGCAUGCUGUGAGUGUAGCCAAGGAGGCGGCUUAUGCUCUACAAAGUACAGACAUAAUGGCACUGAAAAUGACCAACACAACAGAUUUUGUUAAGUUUGAAGAUGCAUGUAGUACUGAUGGCAUUUCUGAUUUAGGAAAUGCCACAGACAACAACAAACUCCUGUUAAAAGAAUACCUGUCAAGUUUGGACAUUGCUUCCACAAAUCUAUCACCUCUGGCUAUCAACAAGGAGUUAAAAAGUCUUUUGUCCCAAAAGAACCUGCCAAAGCACAAACUAUUUAUAUUUUUGACUGACACAAAAGUUUUGAAAAAUGAGACGUGGCUGAAAAUGUUCCCAUACACCAAUGAUCCCCACAUGAAGUUUGCAAUUGGACUGAUUUAUGAGAACCAAGUAGACAAGAACAGUUCACUGGGAAUCCUUCAUAUAGAUAAGUGGCAUAACCAUUCAAACAAUCAUUCUGUCAUGAGGCUGCACAUUAAUGACAGUGGGGUGAUUGGCCAAGUUGCAUCAGCUUUCAUCUCCUUACUGCCAGUUAAAUAUGAGAACAAGAAGAUAAAAGUGGAAGGUCCAGUUUGGGAAGCAACCGAAAGAGACUUCAUGAUAUCCCUUGUACUUCCUACGUAUAAUGGAGUGCUGGGCUUGGAUCUAUAUUGGUCAGACCUCGCUGAAGAUAUUAUUUACUUCAAAGGCUCAAAUCAACGGAAAAGAGCUUUUGUUAUGGACUUCUCUGGAAAAGUUCUGAUGCACACAUUUUUCCCAAGACCUGAGGCUGCAUCAGAAAAAAUCAAAUUCACUAAUUUGGAAAGUAUUGAAACUUAUAGCUUUAUUGAUACUGUUAAGCAAGAAAUGUUAACUAAUAGUUUUGGUAAUUUAACUAUGAUAGAUAAGAAUACUACUAAGUCAAUAAUUUAUUCUUGGAAGUGGGUUGAUGAAUUGUAUGUUGUGUGUAUUGUUUCUGAAAUAUUAGAACAGAAAAUGUUUAACAAGACUAACAUAUUUUUCACUAGAAGUAAUAAGGAGAUCUUGUUCCACAGGCUAGAUCUCUUUCCUCCUAAGAAUGGUAAAAUGUGUCGCCACUUUAAACAAGUGGCUACUAUCGACCAGGGUACUGUGUACUUAAGCCCUUCUAGUUUUCAGUCACCUUUUACAUAUCUAUAUGACAUGGGCGAUGGCCAGGAAGCUGUAACUUACAUGCAGAAUUACUUGGCAUACCUAAAAAGUGUAGCUCAUGGACUACUCUCUAAUCCUGGCUUAAAGAAUGAGAUACAACAAGAUGUUGGCUUCCUAAACUCUAUACUGUCGUUUUAUAAGCGUCAACAUUUGCAUGGAGCUUAUUCUAAAUACAUUGUGAGGAGGUAUGCUGUCACUGAGAGUGGUGUGCUUGUGAUGUUCCCAGGGACAGUUCUAGAGUAUGACUAUGAACCAGUAAGAAGGCCUUGGUAUACUUACGCUUUAGAGAACCCUGGGAAAAUAAUACUAACACCACCUAAUUUAGAUGUUGGUGGUGCAGGUUAUGUAGUUUCUAUCUCCUAUGCUGUAAAAAGUCCCUUUUAUCCAACAAUGGUAGUAGCAAUGGACGUCACAAUGGGAUUCCUUUACAAACUGCUUAUUGACAGCAUGCCUCAAUGUGCCAUGUCAUAUGUUAAAUGCUUCAUAAUGAAUAACAGAGGCUAUUUAGUUUCACAUCCAGGAUUAAUGGAUCCAAACAGCUCGGGUCCAAUAGAACAACAGCAUAUCACUCACAAGGAAUCUAUGAUAGCUAUAGACAUGUUGAACCACAAAGGUUUUGUUACUAAAAGGUUGUGCAAUAAUUUUUACGAUAAAACAAUUCAAAGAUUUUAUGAGUUCAACACUUCUUUGCCUAAUGUGCUCUCUAACGUUGUUUCGGGGGACCACUGUGUUCAUUACUACAUCGCUGCUAUUCCCGGCACAAAUGCAUUUGUGGGUCUCGUCAAUGCGUCUUGUAGCGUCGGAGCCUUCUGUCCUUGCAGUAUGGUCGACCGUCUCUGCCUCAACUGCAAUCGCAUGGAGCAAACCGAAUGCGAGUGUCCCUGUGAAUGCAGCUCUGAGCUUUACGAAUGCCCCAAUGUGAAUAUCUCGCGUUUUAACCAGGACAUUUCUCUUUGUGGCAUGAUGCCCGAAAAUAACAACCAUAAGUCACACUACUUCCACAACUUUGCUGAGAAUUUAAAGUCCUGUUUCGAUUUUCAGUGCGAGACAUAUUUGACGCAUUCGUCCUGUUUAGGUGUUCUUGGUUGCGAGUGGUGUCAGAUAGACGCCGAUGGUCGGACGCCACUUUCAGCUCCUUUUUGCACUUCCCAGUCUACCUGCUUCAACGGCGUUUUGGGCGCCGUCACUCCUUACGGGGAGGGAACAUUUGGCCAUUUGAAUAGAGAUGCCUUUGGAAACUAUUCCACUAUAGGGCCGAUUGCUGGAUGCAUUGUCACUGUCAGCUUAGUUAUUGCUGUAGCGAUAUAUUGCUACCGGCAAAAUGUUAGUUCAGCAAGUUGCCACAACCUGUAUGUUGACGGCCCUGCGGAAACUUGGCACGACGCUGAUGUGCAGAUGAGCCACUUGCAGUCCGACGAUAUGCAUGACCAGUCUGGACAGGACAAGUUAUUGCCGGCCAUGGAGAUAGAAGCGCCUAUUUCACCUUAUAGGGUUGUGACAGGGUACCGACGGCCCCAUACCGCUGGAGGUUCCGAUCAUGGCUACUCCACCAUGACGCCUCACGAAGACUCCGAGGCUACUGGUUUCUCAGUGAAUGAUCCCACUGUGCUCUCAGAUGAUACAAAAUCAGACGUAAGCUGUCCACUCCCAGCGAAGAUUAAACCCAGAUUAAAAGCUGGAGGAGACAUGAGUGUUACUGUACUUCCAUGUGGCAAAAACAGCAUAAUAGCACCAGUGACAGUCCACAGGCAUAUGGAAGCAUCAUAAUGUAGUUUCUCAUAGUUAAAUCUACCUCUUGUGUACAUAGUUGAGUUCAAUUUGAUGUAGCUAAUUAUUAUUAUUGUGAUAAAUAUUUGCCAACUUAGAUUUAAGGACAAGAUUAUAACUCCCCCUAUAACAAUAUUCAGUUACUUAAUGUUUGGUGCUCUUCUGUUUAAACAAUAAUUUAUAUUUUUAUAGAGGUUGAAUGUUUUUUAAUGCUUUUUAUUAUUUCUAAAGUCAUUGACAUCAAAUUCGUUUUCAUGUGACAUCCAUACUACAUAAUGCUCUAACAUCAGGGUACCUACAUUUAUCCAAUUUUUGACAGUGUUUACUGUACAAUUUUAUAUCGAUAUUAAGGCUUAAGAAAUCGGACUGUAACAGGUGUAUUGGUAAUGUGUGAAUCACAAUAUAUUAGGCUGCUAAGUGAAUAAGAUAGGCUAAAAUUAAUUUUAUAAAAAUGUGCCUGUGCCUCUUGUAUUGACUA